AUGGGAACACUUAGUAUACAACUACCAACAGGUUCAGUACGUAAUCUUACCGAAGUAUUCAUUCUUCUUCGAAAUAAUGCGCUGCACAACAAGUUCAUCUUUGCUAAUAAUACUACAAUUGCAGCUGAGGAGAAAAUGUCGUUGGUUGCUUUGGAUGAACAAACCGAAACAGUUCAUGUCUCGAGUUCUAGCCGUGUACCACCCGAGUGGGUCAAUUAUCUUGACGAAGCACAAUAUGAACUUACGAGAAUACGAUCACGUUUAAAACAAAUUCGAGAAAUGCAACAGAAUCACAUAUCGAAGCCAAGUUUCGUAGAAGAUUUGGAGGCUCAAAAAGAAAUGGACAAAAGUACAAAUGAAGUUACGGAAAUGUUUUCUCAUUGCCAGCGCUUGAUUGGUUUUAUUGAAAAAGCCAAUGUUAUCGAAAGCACACAACAGUCUUUGUUGCGUGGAAAUGUAAUUUUAACAUUACGGUUGACACUGAGUAACUUGGCUGGAGAUUUCCGGUCGAGUCAGGCAAAAUUUUUAAAGCAAAUUGAAGCACGUAAAGAAACUGUCAAUUCAUACCUUCUGGCGUCCACUGAUUGGGUGAAUACCGAGGUUCUUGAUGAUGUGCCAAUCGAUGCAUCACGAGAUGGCCUUACCAUGGAACAGAUACAAUUGUUAUUGCAAAAUGCUGAUAUGGUAAAGGAACGUGAACGUGACGUGAUGAGUGUCAGUAAAUCGAUUGUGGAGUUAAAUUCUUUAUUCAAGGAUCUUGCUUCUAUGGUCGUUGAUCAGGUACUUGGAAUAAGCUAA